GGUGACUCCUGGAGGGCAGCUGCCUCAUUGUCUCUCUUACAACCUCUGCAGGGGACCCUCAUCCAGCAUCUGAAGGAGCAUGUGCUUCACAGUGACAUGACCAGCAGUGACAUUCUCUUGUACUACACCACGGUCGGCUGGAUGAUGUGGAACUGGAUGGUGUCCGCUCUCGCCACGGGAGCGUCUGUGGUCUUGUAUGACGGCUCCCCCCUGGUCCCGACGCCCAACGUGCUUUGGGACCUGGUUGACAGGAUAGGCAUCACCAUCUUGGGAACAGGUGCCAAGUGGCUGUCCGUGCUCGAAGAUAAAGAUAUGAAGCCAGUGGAAACCCACAAUCUCCAGACACUUCGCAUGAUCCUGUCUACAGGGUCCCCCCUGAAAGCUCAAAGCUAUGAGUACGUCUACAAAAACAUCAAGAGCAGCGUUCUGCUGGGCUCCAUAUCAGGUGGCACUGACAUCAUCUCCUGCUUCAUGGGUCAGAAUUCUUCUGUUCCUGUCUAUAAAGGGGAGAUUCAGGCCCGGAACCUGGGCAUGGCCGUGGAAGCAUGGAACGAGGAAGGAAAGGCCGUCUGGGGAGAGAGUGGUGAGCUGGUGUGUACUAAGCCACUUCCCUGCCAGCCCACACACUUCUGGAACGACGAGAAUGGCAGCAAGUACAGGAACGCGUAUUUCUCCAAAUUCCCAGGUAUCUGGGCACACGGCGACUACUGCAGAAUCAACCCCAAGACCGGGGGCAUCGUCAUGCUUGGCCGGAGUGAUGGCACGCUCAACCCCAAUGGAGUGCGGUUUGGCAGCUCGGAAAUCUACAACAUUGUGGAAGCCUUUGAGGAGGUGAUGGACAGCCUGUGUGUCCCCCAGUAUAACAAGGAUGGGGAGGAGAGGGUGCUCCUCUUCCUGAAGAUGGCUUCUGGGCAUGUGUUCCAGCCUGACUUGGUGAAGAGGAUCCGUGAGGCCAUCCGUGUGGGCUUGUCUGCACGACACAUCCCCAGCCUCAUCUUGGAAACCAAGGGCAUCCCGUACACGCUCAGUGGCAAGAAAGUGGAAGUGGCUGUGAAGCAGAUCAUUGCUGGAAAAGCCGUAGAACACCGGGGGGCUUUCUCAAACCCCAAGGUCCUGGAUUUGUACCAGAACAUUCCUGAGCUGCAGGAUUUCUGAAUUGGACUGGCUUGCAUGUUGUUCAGCCACACGUGUGUGCACUGGAACUCUUGUAUGUUCUGGAAGUUACUUGGAAACCUACAGCUGUUUUAAAAGGAAAUUUGCACUAA